UUUUUAUUGUCAUAGAUCUGUUGGACUCAAAUUCGAUUUGGCUAAAUCGUCACUAAAUCACUGCGUACGACGUGUUAUUCAGGCCUUUUGUAAUAUUUCAAACGAUAUUAUCAAAUGGCCAUCUGUGAAUCGUAUGAAUACUGUAACAGAGAAGUUCAAACAAAUAGCGGGUCUUGAUAAUGUUCUUGGUGCUAUUGAUGAUUCAUAUAUUGAAAUUCCAGCACCAUCUAUAGAUGCUCAUUGUUACCUGACAAGAAAGUGUAGAUAUGCCAUUAUACUUCAAGCUGUAUGUGAUGCAGAUAUGCUUUUCAUUGAUUGUUAUGCCGGAUAUCCUGGUUCUGUGGGGGAUCUUAGAGUUUUCCGCAAUUCUGAUCUUUGGAAUUGUGUCAACAGAAAUCCUCAGUCUUUUUUCCCUAAUCAAGAAUUCAUAAUAGGAGACAAAGCAUAUCCUGUACUUGGAUGGUGUUUGACCGCUUAUAAGGAUAAUGGUCAUUUGACAGAGGUCGAGAACAAUUUUAAUUUUAUUUUAUCACAGACUAGAUAAAUAAUAGAACGCGCUUUUGCUUUACUAAAAGGACGCUUUAGACGUUUAAAAUAUUUAGAUAUGUCCAAGAUAGAUUUGAUACCUGCAACAAUUUUAGCCUGUUGUGUUCUUCAUACAUAUGUUUAGGUGAUUAUACUGAUGAUGAAGUUGAGAAUUAUAUAAUAGAAAACGAACAAAAUAGAGAAGAUAAUCCAGAAUGUGCACAAGUUGAAAAUGAUAAUAAUAAUGAUGAUGAUGAAGGUAUAGCCAAGCGUAAUUAUCUUGCAACAAUUCUAUUUCCAAGAAGAUAAAUUACUACAUGUAAUUAUAUAUUAUAUAUAUAGAAAU